ACCAUGGAGCGCCGCGUCGCCCGCGAGUUCCGGCACAAGGUCAAUCUGUUAAUCGACAAUGAAGCAGAGAAGGAUUACCUUUAUGAUGUGCUGCGGAUGUACCACCAGUCUAUGAAUCUCCCAGUGCUUGUGGGGGACCUAAAACUCGUGAUUAAUGAACCAAGCAGGUUGCCUCUAUUUGAUGCCAUCCGCCCACUCAUCCCGUUAAAACACCAGGUGGAGUACGAUCAGCUUACACCCAAACGAUCACGAAAGCUGAAAGAGGUGAGAUUGGAUCGUUUAAAUCCUGAGGGGCUUGGAGURAGUGUAAGAGGUGGUGUGGAAUUCGGCUGUGGCCUCUUCAUCUCCCAGUUAGUUAAAGGAGGACAGGCAGACAAUGCUGGGCUUCAGGUUGGAGAUGAGAUMGUGCGCAUAAAUGGAUAUUCAAUUUCAUCGUGCACACACGAAGAAGUCAUAAACCUCAUCCGUACCAAGAAAGUCGUGUCUGUAAAAGUAAGACAUGUUGGCAUGAUACCUGUCAAAAGUUCAGCAGAUGAACCCCUUAAAUGGCAAUAUGUGGAUCAGUUUGUGUCAGACUCAGGGGAAGGAAAGGGCAGCAUUGCUGGGCUUGCUUCUUCUGGAGGGAGAGACAAUAAAGAGAAGAAAGUCUUCAUUAGCUUGAUUGGUACAAAGGGCAUGGGAUGCAGUAUUUCCAGUGGUCCAACACAAAAACCGGGCAUUUUUAUCAGCAACGUUAAGCCAGGCUCUCUUUCAGCAGAGGUGGGCUUAGAGGUUGGUGAUCAGAUUGUUGAGGUGAAUGGAGUGGAUUUCUCUAAUGUGGAUCAUAAAGAGGCUGUCAGAGUGCUCAAGAGCAGUCGUACUUUGACUAUCUCUGUGGUAGCAGGCGCUGGAAAGGAGCUGUUCAUGACCGAAGAAGAAAGGCAGCGAGAAGCGCGCCUCCGUGAGCUGGAACGCCAGGAGUUAAUGCAUCAGAAGCGUCUGGCACUGGAAACCAACAAAAUCAUCAAAGAGCAGCAAGAGAARGAGAGAUUAAGAAAGCUGGAGAUUUCCCAGAAGGCUGCAGAGGAAGAAGAGAGAUACCGCAGAGAAAUAGAGCAGAUAACAGCAGAGGAAGAGAAAUUUAAAAAGGAGUGGGAAGAAGACUGGGGUCCCAAAGAACCACCCAAGUCUCUAAAAACUGUAACUGCAGAAGUGCACUCCUCCCCUCGUUCCAAACACAAAAAAGAUUUAAAGGGAGUUGCACAUGACCAACUUGAAACAGAUGACAUGGAUGAAGUGAACGUGAAGCAGGACAAACAGGGCUUCCAGAAGUAUGUGGAAGAUUUUGAUCCAUAUUCAAUGUUUACCCCAGACCAGAUUAUGGGAAAAGACGUACGACUAUUACGAAUUAAAAAGGAAGGAUCACUGGACCUUGCAGUCGAGGGGGGAAUUGAUUCUCCAAUUGGAAAGAUAGUUGUUUCUGCCAUCUAUGAGGAUGGUGCUGCAGACAAACAUGGAGGCAUAGUGAAAGGGGAUGAAAUACUGGCUGUGAAUGGCAAGAUAUUAAUUGACAGCAAGCUGGCAGAAGCACAGGCAACUCUAGCAAAAGCUUGGAACAUGGGUGGGGAUUGGAUUGACUUAGUCAUUGCAGCAUCACCUCCAAAGGAAUAUGAUGAUGAAAUGACAUUUUUUUAAGGAAGACUGAAACUGUUGAAAUGGAGUCUUUCCUCUGGAGAAAUCUGCUGCUCAGUAAAUAAAUAGGAAAUCAAUAACCCCAUGAAAUGCAUAUUUAUUGACUGAUGUGUAAAUUAAAUGAGAGGCUUCAGAUUCUUCGGAUGAUUUGAAUAAUUUAUUGUCAUUCUAGAUACCUACAAGUGAACGUUUUUUUGCAAGAUGAUUGGGAAGAACCGCUGACUAGCACAGUUCAGUCUACGAGCGCUCAAUCUCUUUUUGCUAUUUUGAGGGGCCAAAUUUUGAAAAUUAUCUUUCUGUUUUCCUGGUAAUAUACUUUGAAAUGGCAAAUGAAGAUGGAACACAGAUGUCUGCUCUCACAUGCAACGCUGGUGAAUACACAUUCACAGGCCAGUUUGRGUGUAAAAAGGAUUAUAUUUUUACUUCCUGGAUAGUAAAAUUCCUGGGAAAAUGAGAAAGUACACAGGAAACUUCUGUUCUUACUMAUAUUUUGUAGCUCUGUUGACAUCCAAUUUUGUGUCUCAGGUGGGAAAUUUUUUUGAAUAUAAAAAACGUGCUGGUGGAAAAAGUGAGAAUACCAGGAACGCUAGCAUUAUUUGUAAUUAUUUUGUUUGUGUUGCUCAUGAUGUAUAGAGAAUCUUCUGUACAGCAGAGUAAACAACUAGAAAGUAGUUAACACAAAAUCUUUACAAGGAGUGACAUUCAGACUACUGAGCAUUUGUAUUGGUGGCAAAAUGUCCUUAAAGAGUGGUGCAUGACGUCAGCACAUKGCCAUAGUCUAGAAGCCUUCUUGGAGUUCCUGUGCUGCCCCUGCUGCAAUCCUAGGAGUUGGUAGUAUCUAUGUGUGUUUUUCUAGAUCUYUUCUCUCCUUCUGUCUUCCUCACUACUUCUCUUUUCCUUCUUCUCUUUGCCUGGAACUUUUGGRUAACAUAGCAUUUGAUGAGUUUCAAGGUUUUUCCUGGUUGGGCUAAAUUAAUGGUAGCUAAAUGCUARAUGAACACUGAGUACUGCUUUGGUAAGUGAUAGAAUGUCAAAUUAUAUGUUGUAUUUCAUCCUUUGCCAAAAAUGUCUUUGAUUUUGCUAAUUUUGCCUGUUAGCUUUAGUGUGUUUUUCACCUCUUGCCUCUAUCUGGUGGGGAUUUCCCCUUUACUCUAAGAGAGAGCAAGAGAACCUGGAGUUCAAGCCCUGGAUCUAAGGCUUCAGGGAUUAACACGUGCCUCCAUUGUCGAAUGCGGAAAUUUGGCUGUGAUUCUCACUCUGCAGUUUUCUACUUUGUUGUCAGUGAGCCUUUAUAUGUGACUAAAGAAUGCCACCAAGUUUAACAUUUUCCUCUYGGUGAACGUGUACCUUCAGUUUCAGUAAAUUCCGUAAGGCCAUAACAUUGAUAUCAAUUUGGCUUUAAUAUUUUUACAGUUGCAGAUUUAGUAAUUAUAUUAUCAAGGUACCUCCUUAGAAAUGUCAUUUUUUCCUUCCUUGUAUCUUCCAAUUUGUGUUCUGGUUUUUGUGCGGUGUGUAGAUUUUUCUCCCCUGUUCUAAUGAGAGACAGUUUAUAGUUUUUUUGGUGUAUCAGAUUUCCACUGAAGUCUUUCCUUCUCGAGUUUGGAAGCCCUCCUCCAGCACAUAAAAAUAACAAUUAUGUUUCUGAGAACCCUGUGUUUAUUUGCUGAUGCUUACUUAUGUUGACUUUGUUUAUUUGCAGUAUUCUUCCAGUAUGCCAACUGAUGUGUGUGGCRGGGUAUAUGUGUUAGAAUAUUUAAAAUGUUUGACUCUUACAACUAAUCCAAAAAUAAAAUUGCAUUUGCUA